AUGGAGAACGAUAAGAGGAGCUGCCAGGGAGAGGUGGCGAAGGCAGAAAGGAUGAAUGAGCAUGAGGACAGGAAGGAGGAGACCAUGGCCACCUUCCUCCAGUUGAACUCCUCCACCAGCGGACCAACAAAAAGUCCAGAACUGUUCCACAUAAAUUGCAAGACACUCUCACUACAGCAACAGCUCACUACAAUACCAGCUCACCACAGCAACAGCUCACUACAAUACCAGCUCACUACAGCAACAGCUCACUACAGCAACAGCUCACUACAAUACCAGCUCACCACAGCAACAGCUCACUACAAUACCAGCUCACCACAGCAACAGCUCACUACAAUACCAGCUCACCACAGCAACAGCUCACCACAGCAACAGCUCACUACAAUACCAGCUCACCACAGCAACAGCUCACUACAAUACCAGCUCACCACAGCAACAGCUCACUACAGCAACAGCUCACUACAAUACCAGCUCACCACAGCAACAGCUCACUACAAUACCAGCUCACCACAGCAACAGCUCACUACAAUACCAGCUCACCACAGCAACAGCUCACCCACAGCAACAGCUCACCACAGCAACAGCUCACCAAACAGCUCACUACAAUACCAGCUCACCACAGCAACAGCUCACCACAGCAACAGCUCACCACAGCAACAGCUCACCAAUACCAGCUCACCACAGCAACAGCUCACUACAAUACCAGCUCACCACAGCAACAGCUCACUACAAUACCAGCUCACCACAGCAACAGCUCACUACAAUACCAGCUCACCACAGCAACAGCUCACCACAGCAACAGCUCACUACAAUACCAGCUCACCACAGCAACAGCUCACCACAGCAACAGCUCACUACAAUACCAGCUCACCACAGCAACAGCUCACUACAAUACCAGCUCACCACAGCAACAGCUCACCACAGCAACAGUUCACUACAAUACUAGCUCACCAUGUCACUACACCACUUGAUGGUUACUUUUCAGAUCACACCAUUGAGGACACGGAAAUCAAGUGGUGA